AUGGCUGGUCGGAUCGAUUUGAUUGAGUCGCUUCUCCACAUGCCCGAUCCUCCUUUCCCCGAUGCUGUGGCUCCGACUUCCGAGCCUGCAGUGGAGGCGGUUGCAGCCCAGCAGGAAAAAAAAUUCCUGGAAAAAAGGCGAGCGAAGAAGGGUGCAGCAGUCCAACCUGCCAUUGCGCAUCAAAUCCAACAUUGCCAUUUCCACCCUCUCCAUCCUCAUCGCACAACAUCCAGCACGAUCGCAGCAUACCCCCUCCCACUCGGCAUCAUGUCGAAAGACGGCAAGACCAAGACCAAGGACAAGUCCAAGCGACGCGAGUCCAAGUCCGGCUCCGAGUCCAAAAAGAGUCGCAAGUCGUCAUCCUCCUCGUCCACGCUUCCUCUGACCGUCGUGGAGGAUGGUGCGGCGUCGGCAUCGAGCACUGCCUCCGGGUCUCGCACCGUAACCUCGGCAUUUGAGACCAUGUAUCCCGUGCUCAACCUUCCCAUCCCACCCGUGUGGUCCAACGAUCCGUAUGCCGCAUUCUCCGACCUUAUGGAUACGCUCGUCAUGCGCCAUGUACCGCAGCUCUCGGGCGUGCUCAUCACCCACUCGCCCACGCGCUUCCUCCAGGACACCGCACUCUUCUCUGCCGACUCGGCUUUCGCCACCGCAGCCGUGGGGUUCGAAUGCGUCGUUUGGAGACCCAAGAUCGGUCAGAUGCUCGAGGGAACCAUCUGUCUCUCCUCCCCAUCCCACGUAUCCCUCCUGCUCUAUGGCUUGUUCAACGCCUCGAUCCCUGCAUCCCAUCUGCCCGAGGAGGAUUGGGAGUUUGUGCUCAACGAUGCAGAGGCUGGGUCGAAUGAUCACGGCCUUGGAUACUGGCAGAGCAAAUCAGACGGAUCUCGCCUUGGAGGCCAAAAGGGCACCCUCGCUUUCACCGUCAUCAGCCUCACAGUGGCCAACCACAUGCUCUCCCUCCACGGCUCGCUCCUCCCAGACCCCUUCAAAGGCCCCCCACCCACACUCGACCGCUCCUACCUCAAAAAGAGCCUGCUCCCAAACCAACUCGGUCUCGCAACUCCAUCCGCCCGUCCAACCACCCAGGCCGCCGAAUCCCCCGCUCCCACCCCGCCAAGACGCGUGCGUUGGCAGGACCAGGACAACUCCGACACAGACCACGACCAACCAGACCUCUCCGCACUCGAAACCCCACAGAUCGUCAAGGCUGAACCGCCCUCCAUCGACUCGUCCGCAAAGUCAGCCUCCGAAAAGCACAAGCGCAAGUCGUCUUCCACAAAGUCACCCCCAGACGUGCGCGAGAAGAAGCGCAGAAAGGAAGCCUGA